AUGGCGUUAAAACCUACUGAUUCACAGGUAACAAUCGAUGGAGAAACGUUCGACCUUAUUGUCAUACCAAGUGCAGAAAGCCGAAUGGUGCAGUCAGCCAAAAAGAAACUUCUAGGCCAACUAGAUCUCCAGACCCUUGUCAGUGACUUGGGAAAACUCGGCAAGUUUAUGCGCGUUGCCUACAAUGGCGUGGCAGGAUACACCGAGGUGCAAAUUAAAGUACAAACAGUCGGCUACGAGAUCACAGAACUGGCAGACAAAUCUGCUUUAACAGUAAAACAGUUCAAAGAUACAUCGCAAGAGGUUCUAGAAGACCUAAAAAGCACCUAUCAGUAUUUGCUAGAUGGUCUAGAGGAGGUGUCGCUAGUUACACUCUCGAUGAUGGGUAACAAGGCAGCGAAUAUGGCGGAAGCCGCAGAAGAAUUACGAAAAGAUUUUGACCAAGCAAAAAAAGUUGUAAAAAGCACCUUAGAAGAUACUAUGAGAGCAAAAGGUGAAGAGCAGAAGAACAGAGAAAUUCUUGAAAAACAACGAAAAAAAUUCCAAAAAAAAAAAGAGGAAGCAGAGGAGCUGGAGAGAGAUGCACAAGAGGGUCAAGAGCGGGCAAAAAUGUUUUACGAAGAGUCUCAACGAAGAGAAGACAAAGCGCAGGACACACAUGACAGCAUUCUACGUUCGAUAGCAGAUUCGAUCACUGGCGUCUUUACAGGUGUGACAGCCGCCGUGGGGUUAGCAGCAAUGAUAAGAUUCGAACAGGCAGCCGAAAAGUUGAUGAAAAUUGGUGACAAGUCUGGAUACAAAGAGGCUAUUCGGAUGGCAAACGAAGAAAAGAUGAAGCACUUAGAGCAAAUGGCGAAGGAACGGGAUCAUCGCCGGGAAGCAAGACAACAAUGCAUAGAAUUCACACAGAAGAUCAUAAACUGCGAAAGUGACAGCGAUUUAGCUGAGGCAGCCAUUGACGCCUUGCACAGCUCUGUUGGUGCACUCAAAUCUCUCUCUACCACCAUGAUGAGAGCGUCUAAAUUCUGGAGGCUGAUGGAAAACCACUGUAAAGCUUUAUCUCGCGGCGAAAUUAAAGCAAAGGUGGAAAUGAUGAUGAAGAAUCCCAAAAAAGAACGACUAGAAAUGUGGACAUCGCACGCAUUUAAGGAAGAAGCCCUGCGUUACUAUUCAAAGUGGGUUGCUUUAGACAACGUGUCCAGUGUGUACAUGUUACAGAUAGAGGAGACCUCACGGGAAUUAUACAAAUACCUGGAAGAGAACCCAACUAUUGAAGAGGCAAGGAAGAAUGUGCGUCGUCUGGCUGCUGACUUCGCCGAUGAUUUAAAGAAAGAUCAAGAAAGCGAACGCCUCAACGAAACACAGGCAAUCUCCGAAUGA